AUGUGCCUCUGGAAUCUGCUGAAGGUGGUAGUUGCUGCCAGUUUCUGUCUGAGUGCUGCAGUUGACGACAUUGCCUGCAAAAACAAGGUAGCUGUGACGGAGCAUUGUGAGCGGGGUGAGUGGUGCGCUUUGCCAGAAAAUUUCCUUUCUGCUAAUGAAGCCUUCGAGUUUGCACUCCUCCGAAUCAAUGAGAUGCGGCAGAAGUGCUAUGGCUUUACAUUGGCACCGGUUCGACGUCAAGACUAUACCGUUGCCGGGACGGUGCGCAAGGACAUGGAAGGCUAUUCCAUAUACAAGCUGCUUCUGAAGCCGACCAACAAGUUUGUCCCGACUCCAGUGGAGGUUGAAGUGGCCCAUUUGCAUCGGAUCACGGAUCUCUCCAUCUUCCAGGUCACCAAGGUGAAACCAUUGGCUUGCAGUCUUUUCAGUGCCGCAGACGAUGCCGAGCUCCUUGUUCCAACAAACUGGCGAGAAGCCAAGGCAGCGGCUGAAACGGCGCGGACAGUGUUCAAUGAGCAGAGGAAGACCUUCUGCCCGGAGCGCCCACAGCUGCAACUUCUCCGGAUUCUGGCCGUAGCUCGGCAACCAGUCGAAGGGAAGGCCAGCAAGGAAAUCGAAGCCUUCGGGGAAAGCAGCGGAUCCUUCGAAGAGCAAGUGCUGGUGUCGUAUGCCCUCGAUCACAGCGUGCCCGAGGAGAUGGCAUUAGCACCUGAGGUCUAUGCAGGCAGGGCACACUCCAGAAGCUUCCCAUGGCUGUAUGAGCACAUGGACAGGCCGGUAUCCUUGCAAGAUGGUGCAUGCAGAAGACGAGCAAACAGCACUGGACUGGAACUUAUGGGGUGGUGGACCGGAAAAGCAGAGACAGGCUGGGCUUCCAUGCGCUUCGCAGGACUUCUUCAACUCCAGCCGCCGGCUGGACUCUGGCAACCUGGCGGGACGCAGGCACAGUCGGAUUGCAAGCAGAGUGUCGCAGUUCAGCCAGUUCAGUGGCCGAAGUACGUACAUGCAUAUGCUUUGGGAGAAGACUUCUGCAUCAGGCAAGACAUGAAGCCCUCUUGGAGAGCCACCUCUUUCCAUGUCAGGCUUUCCUGGGACCCAACGUCUGCUUCGGAAGCUGCAGCGGCAGCGGGGCGAGACCACCAGCUGGAGCGGCCUUUUGUCGAGAAAGGCCUUGAUCUUCCAGACAACUUCGACCCACGCGUGGAGAAGACUUUGUGCUUUCCUCGUGGCAUCUCCCGUCACCAAGGAAGCUGCGGUUCCAGCUGGGCCUUUGCUGCAACCGCUGUUGCAUCCUUCCGAGAAUGCCUGGUAAAACUUCAUGGAGGUCAGGAGCCCGCAUCUUUGAGCUUCCUCUCUGCGCAGGAGCUGGUGUCUUGCUCUGCGCACCAUGGAUGUUCUGGCGGAAGUGCUGCAGAGGCCUUCUACUACAUGAAGCAGCACGGCCUUGCAAGGGAAACCUGCUCGCCAUACCGGAUGCGAUGCUUUCACGAUCAGUCGACCAUCUCCAUGGAAGCAGCUGACUUCCAGUCAGCAGUGGCUCAUGCAAAGACCUCAGAGGCUGCCACGAUGUGCCAUCCAGAUGCGGAUGUGGAUACCACAGCCUGCAAAUGCCUUCCCAGCGUCUUCCAUUUAACAAGUACGGUCGCCUGCGACUUGCUCCCCGCAGCAUGUCCCAAAACGCAGCUUCCCAGCUACUUCAAGAUCUUAGGGAUCAUGGAGGGCAACACUGUGCCUGAGUUGGAGCGGCAUAUGAUGCAGGAGCUCAUCACAGACGGCCCUCUGUAUGUCUCAAUCCUCCUCUAUGAGGACUUCUUUGAUAGCACAUCCUGGUCUGAAAGUGGCAUCUACGAACACAAGCAUGGUGAAGCUCUCGGCAGGCAUGGUGCUGCACUCAUAGGCUGGGGCACAGACAUGGACAGCCGUGACUACUGGCUGCUCCUAAACUCCUUCGGCAUGGAGUGGCAGCAGGGAGGCUACUUCAAGGUACGGCGAGGAGACACUGCCACCGAGUUGCUUCACUAUGGUGCGUGGGGUGCGGACUUCGAGCUGACUGUAGAUGAGAAGAAGCGCGCACCUGCAAUCUUUGCUGUUGAGGUUUCCUUUUCACCGGUGCCGCUUCGUCAUGGUAUAGCCAGUGAACCUCUGACCGAGCUGGCGCACGUUUGGUUGCGGAUUGCGUUUGCGACCGACGAGCCAGCGAAGGCGCUGGUCCGCGCAACGCCAAGUGCCAAAUUUCAUGAGCCCAAUGCGCAACUGCAAGCAGUGUUUAGUCGUCUUGCUAGUUGA